AAAAGGAAGUAAAGAAGGAAUUAAAAAAGAAAUUCGGACGGUUUCUACGAAAGUACCGUGCUUCCAAGAAAGGGCUUCAUGGGAGGCAGAUGCGCAAGUCGGCCUCAAGAACGUUACAACUCAAGUUUAGGAACAACAUCUCUCUUCCAAUCUUCACUUUGACAGAAAUUGAAGGAAAGGACCCUUCUGCCUUAACUAUAGCUCUAGUUGAUGCUAUGACUGGGCAAGUUGUUAGCUCAGGUCCCGAAUCCUCGAUGAAGGUGGAAAUAGUAAUUCUUGAAGGAAAUUUUAAAGGCGAUGAAGACAACAACUGGACAUUUGAGCAUUUUAGAGAUAAUAUUGUAAGAGAAGGAAAAGACAAUCAGACACUUCUUACUGGGGAUGUGUUUCUGACUCUGAAUGAGGGAAUUGGUGUAGCAAGCAAGCUGAAAAUUACAGAUAAUUCAAGCAGGACAAAGAAACGUAAAUUCAGGUUAGCUGCAAGAGUUCCAGAUGGUUAUUUUAAUGAAAUGAGAGUGAAAGAAGCAAUCACUGAACCUUUCGCAGUCAAGGAGCGUCGUGGAAAAUCAUACAUGAAGAAGCAUCCCCCAUCAUUGGAUGAUAAAGUAUGGCGCUUGGAGAAAAUUGGUAAAGAGCUUAACAAUCGUCUAAAGAGUGAGAAAGUCUAUACUGUAAAGGACUUUCUGAUAAUGCUACAUACAGAUACUCCAAGGCUUCAAAAAGUCUUACGCCUUGGAAUGAAUGACAAGAGGUGGGAAGUUAUAAAGAACCAUGCAGAAGAAUGUAAUCCUGGUAGCGAAAUGUGUGUCUACUACUCCAAGGAUGAACCGGGAAAGGGAGUUGUCUUCAACAUUGUGGGAACAGUGAUAGGGUUCCUCCUCAAAGGGCAACUCAUUCCCAUCAACGAAUUUUCAGAAAUCCAAGAGGUGGAAAUGCAGCAGAUGAUCAAAGUUGCAUAUGAAAACUGGGGAGAAGUAGUCCCUUGUGUUGAUGGGGCCAUUCUUGGUAGUUCCUCAAACAUAGCCAUCGAUUCAUUCCCAUGUGGUUCUACGAGGCCGGAGAAUCCAACCAACAUUUGUUCAAGCUCUCAACAUUCUGGUGGACUGCCUUUACACCAACUGAACGUUUUAUCUCCCCCUGUCAUGGCGAGCUCAGAUUAUAACACUUUGUCCCAUGUUGAAGGCAUCGAACCUGUAAAUUAUUCUGAUCUUCUGAUCUACGAAGAUACCCGACAUCACAUUGACUUGGAUGCCAUUUUGUUGGAAGCAGAACAACUGAACAACACCAGCCACUUCUUCAACGUGUCGGUGCAGUCUGUAGCUGCCAAUGAUAAAGCUCAUCCAACAUGGAAGACGUUGAUAACUGUGCUGAAAUUCUCCAUCCUGAUUGGAGGACCCGAAUGCAUAAAAUGCUUAUAA